GUGUAAUGGCACCGCGGAGCAUCACGGGAGUUCCAGGCACAGCGCCAAUGGCUCUCGGUGAGGCGCGGAGCAUGACGGGAGAUGGAGUCACGGCUGGAAUGGCGCUCUAUGUGCUCCGCGGAGCAUGAUGGGAGCUGUAGUCCCGGAAGUUGCUCGAAGGGGCCCAUGGGGCUCCGGGAAGACACUUGGGGGACACUUUUGUGUCCGAGCCGUGGCUGGAGGAGCUCGGGGGGAACGUGUACGGCUCGGGAGCACUUGGGGAGAGCCUGGGGAGCUCUAAGCGGGCUCUUUACGGCGCGGGGCAUGGCAGGGCCGGGGACGCCAUUUUGGGGAGCAGUGGCGGUGAUCUCCCGACGGGACAGGGACAUGAGAGCAAAGGGGCCGGGGACGCCAUUUUGGGGAGCAGUGGCGGUGAUCUCCCGACAGGACAGGGACAUGAGAGCAAAGGCUGAAGAGCUCAAGAAAGAAGAGGCCUGUGGAAAAGUAAAAUUCAUCAGCAACCUCCAAGUGGCUGAGGAUCCAUCCUCAUGAGAGCAGGAAUGGCCAGCAAUGGGCACAGCUUUGUGGCUGCCCCAGCUUUGGGAUGGGCCGUGGGCCUGGAGCAGGAGCAGCUCUUGAGGGCCCCAAGGCCGGGGCUGUGGUGCUGGCCUGGGCAGAUGGGAUGGCAGGAGGGGCUGCAGAGCUGCCAGGAUCUCCUGGAGAGGGGAGCAGGGCACCCAGGGAGCCUCCUUUUCCUUUGGCCAGGCACUUUCCCCCAUGGCUGGGGCUGAGGCCUCUCUGAGCUGCAGCUGCUGCUGUGCCCUGCAGAGGGGCUGAGGCCGUGGGGCAGUGCCCAGAGCAGCCUGCCCUGAGCAGAGCUGUGGGGCCAGAGCUGGCUGGGCUGUGCUGGGGAGAGGCCCUGGCUGCUGCCGAGAGCUCAGGGCAGCUGGGACAGCUUGGAGGGAGCUGGGCUGGGCUCAGAGAGCCUGCCAGAGAAACCAGCAGUGUCCAUCUCAGCCUGGGUGAGCGUGCAGGGACAGGACUCAGCCCAGGCCCUGUGGGGCAGGGCCAGCGCCUACAGGGCAAGGGAUUGAAAACAGGCAAGUGGCCGAGAGAGGAGGCUGCUCUGUGCCCUUGGUGGCAUGAGCAGGGCAGGGAGGGGGCCCAGGACAUUUGUCACCGCCAGGCUCUGUCCCCAGGUGCUGCCAGCCCUGGCUGCUGAGCCCAGGUUUGGCCUGGGCUGAGUUUGGCUGUGGCCCAGCUCCAUCCUCCUGCAGGGCUCAGGGCCUGUUGCUGGCCAUGGCCAGCCCUGCCCGGCCUCUGUGCUGGCCCAGAGCCCGGCAGAGCCCGGGGCAGGGCUGUGUGUGCAGGCCCACAGGUGCCACGGGCUCUGCAGGAGCUGGGAGAGGCUGCCCAGCAGGGAGGCCAUGGGGCACAGAGACCCAGGGCUGCUGUGGGCACCAUGGCACAGGGGCCGUGCCCACCCGCAAUGCUCCUGCCCUGGGCUGGGCCUGCCCAGGGGCUGGGGCACCAUGGCUGAGCCAGCGGGGCACAAAGGGGCCACGGAGCCGCUGCCGGGGCUGGCAGCAAGGCCAGGCACAGACAAGGAAUUGCUGAGCAUGGCCUGUGCUGGCCAGGGCUGGCUGUGGCAAGGGCAGAGCUCAGCUGCCCUUGGUGGCUGCAGGAAAAGUCCAGAGCCCAAAGAGCCUCCAUGGCUGUGCUGGAGACCAAGGCUGCAGGAGGGAAAGGCAGGGCUGCUGUGGGAUGGGGAGGGCAUUGAAUUCCAGCAGACACCACAGAUGGGAGGCUUAGCAAGGCUUGAAGAGAAGAGAAGCUUCACAAGCCUCCAAAGGGGGAUGUUACCAGAUGAAAAACCAUCUCCAGCUGGUGAGCACACACAGUUCUUGUUCUUCAAAACCCCCUGGCCCAUGGAACUGCACCAUGCCCGUUGUGUAAGAAGAAUUGGAAACCGACCGGCUCCAGUUGUGCCAACUUUUACCAGUUCACCGGGCAGUCAGGUCUGACUCUGGCAUCACCGAGCACCAGGGACCACCAAAGAGACCCCCAGGACAGAAGAACACAGCUGUGAAGGUAAGAGAAAAUAUGUUAAUGAUUUCAGAGAAAUGAUUAUCAUAUGUAUGUUUAUUCUGUGACAGUCAGUGGAUAUGGAUGUAAAAUACAGUCCACAAGCAGGAACUUUCCUGUACCCAGCAUGCACACCUUUGGGAAGAGCUAUUCCGCCUUGUGCAUCUGGCUGAAUAAAGAAUGCUGCUUCUCACUGCUCCCUUGCUGUGAAGCAGUUUCUUUUAUUUUUUCCCAUUUUUGGUAGCAGAGUCACAAUGGACCCUUGGUUCCAUGAUGCCCCAUAGUGUCACCAUGGUCUCCUUGGUUCUGCAGUGUCACCAUGGGCCCUUUGUUCCAUGAGGUUCUGUAGUAGAACAUGGUCACCUUGGUUCCGUGCGGUUCCAUGGUGUCACCAUGGACCAGGGUUCCACAAGGCCUUGCUGUGUCAGAAGGGCCCCUUGGUUCCAAGAGGUUCCUCAGUGUCACCAUGGACCAUUGGUUCAAUGUGGCCCCAAUGUGCCAAAAUGGAUUUUGGUUCCGUGGGGUUCUGCUGUGUCAAAAUGGACCCUUUGUUCCAUGAGUUUGCCCAGUGUCACAGCUGACUCCUUGGUUCUGUGAGGCCCUGCAAUCAGCAAGGCUCUGAAACAUCAGAGUAAGUCUCCUUAACACUAAUUUAGUGUUUAAGAGGGUAUCAUUUAUUCAGGCCUGAGGUCCAACAUGGGAUAACUCCUAACCUGACAUGGACAUGUGAUUCUCCCAGUGUGUUGCUUUUACACAGUGGCUAAAUGCAUAUUACAAUUUACCCACUUCCAUAAAACCAAACCCCGAGUUCCCAGAUUCAGUCCUUGUUUUUCCCAUCACUGCACCCUUGAGCCAGAUGUCUUCUUUUCUCUCAACCAUCCUUGUUGAGAAAGCAGGCCCUGCAUGCCUUGUUCCUGUGCUAGAAUUUCACAGGCACGGUAAAAAUUGAAUGAACCCUUUUGGUAUCAAGGCCAAGGCUUUGUGUGGCCAGGCAGAGGCAGGCAGGACGCAAAGCUGUCAGCAAAGGAAGGGCCCAAAGAGCUGGGGCAGCCGGGGGAUGACGACAGCCUGCAGGGCCAGAGGCGCAGGGCAUGGACACCGUAGGGCAGCCUGGGCUGGAGAGGGCACAGGGAUGGGCAGCAGCUGCAAGGCCCUGCCAGAGGCAACUUGUGCAGCCCUUUGGCCAUGGCUGCUGGCCCUGGGCCUGAGCCAUGAGGAGGAGACAAGUGACCCUGGCAGCCCUGGGGCCUCAUUGCCUCCUUGUCCCUGCUCAGCAGCCUGGCAGGGGCCGCCCCAUGGUGCUGCCCUUGGCAUUGCACAUCCCCACAUGCCAGUGGCCCGGGAAGAGCCCUGAGCAAUGAGGGAGGGACAGCAUCUGCCUUGCCAGGGGCUGGGGCUCAGCCCUUGGCCCUUGGCACUCCUGAAACACAUCCAGCUUUGCUCAGCACCACAGACACCUUUCCCUUGCUUGUCCCCACCUGUCAUCAGUGCCUGCAGUGUUCUGCUCUCCCUGGAACCUGGGGACACUUUCCCAGUUGAGUGCCUCAGUGGGACCCAUUAAAACUUCAAGAAACUUUGAAUUGAAACUUUAAAUUGGAGUGCCAAUUUAACUUUGAGUUAAACUUCUUGAGAAGUUUUUUGAACACUCUCUCAGGGACUGAGUCUGGUGGAAACAAUACCAAAGCCCUGAGAGGGUCAUUAAAAUCCUGGUGCUGUUGCUGAGCUGGGCCGAGCUCCUGGCACAGAGGCAGCUCCUGGCAACCAAGAAGAGCUUCAAAAAGACAUUUCUCCUGAUGAGCAGCUUUUCUCCCAGCCCAGCAGGGCUGAGGGCACUGCCUGCAGCUACCUGGGUGCCUUAAAGCAACUGGAAGGACAAGUCUGAGCUUCUUCAUGGAGAAAUGCUCCCAACUGCUGGCACAUCCACCAUGUCCAGAGUGAAGAAAUGCCCAACAGCAGCUCCUUCAGCCACUUCCUCCUGCUGCCACUGGCAGACACACGGCAGCUGCAGCUCCUGCACUUCUGCCUCUUCCUGGGCAUCUCCCUGGCUGCCCUCCUGGGCAACACCCUCAUCAUCAGUGCCAUAGCCUGCAGCCACCACCUGCACAGCCCCAUGUUCUUCUUCCUGCUCAACCUGGCCCUCACUGACCUGGGCUGCAUCUGCACCACUGUGCCCAAAGCCAUGCACAAUUCCCUCUGGGACACCAGAGAAAUCUCCUACUCAGGAUGUGCUGCACAGGUGUUUCUGUUUGUCUUUUUCAUCUCAGCAGAGUGUUGUCUCCUGAUCAUCAUGUGCUACGACCGCUACGUGUCCAUCUGCAAACCCCUGCACUACGGGACCCUCCUGGGCAGCAGAGCUUGUGCCCACAUGGCAGCAGCUGCCUGGGCCAGUGCCUUUCUCAAUGCUCUGCUGCACACAGCCAAUACAUUUUCCCUGCCCCUGUGCCAGGGCAAUGCCCUGGGCCAGUUCUUCUGUGAAAUCCCACACAUCCUCAAGCUCUCCUGCUCCAAAUCCUACCUCAGGGAACUUGGGCUCAUUGUCCUAAGUGCUUUUCUAUAUUUUGUCUGUUUUGUGUUCAUUGUUUUCUCCUAUGUGCAGAUCUUCAGGGCUGUGCUGAGGAUCCCCUCUGAGCAGGGUCGGCACAAAGCCUUUUCCACCUGCCUCCCUCACCUGGCCGUGCUCUCCCUGUUCCUCAGCACUGGCUUUUUUGCCAACCUGAGGCCCCCCUCCAUCUCCUCCCCAUCCCUGGAUCUGGCAGUGUCAGUUCUGUACUCAGUGGUGUCUCCAGCCCUGAACCCCCUCAUCUACAGCUUGAGGAACCAGGAGCUCAAGGCUGCCCUGAGAAAAUUGAUGACCUAUUUUCAGAAGUAUUAAACUUUCUCUUUUCUGCUGCAGAGCCUUUUGAAUGUAACUCUUUGGAAUCUCAGCCUUAGUUUUCCCUAUUUCUGCAUUUAUUCAUUGGUAACUUUCUACUUUUGUGUGAUUUACAAAUACUGUAGUAUUACUUUUUGUAUUUCUUCAUGAAUAUCUACCUUUCUUUUGAAACACAAAGACCUGCAAGAGGUCUGUUCCCUGUGCAUUUAAAUAAAAACAAGUGCCUGCCCUGACCUGUGUCCAGGAUCAUUCCUCAGCCUUCUCUGGCUCUGCAGUGAAUGAUUUUGAGUACCUUAACACCUCAAGGGUUAAAGGUUUGCAGGUUAAAUGGGCUAACUUAAUGCAGUUACUGCUGUGGAAAGUGUUUUAUGUUCAACUGGAUGUUGUAUUAAAUGCUUUGCCCAAGUCCCUUGGUUCUCUGUACUUUGCCAGUAAAAUUCUGUGUGGUUUUCACCUCUGAGCUCCGUUGGUCAGAGCAUGGUGCUGAUAUCAGCGAGGCUGUGGCUUCAAUGCCUCUGUGGGCCAUUCACCUGACAGCUGGAAUUGCUGGUCCUUGGGGGUCCCUUGCAACUAAGAAUAUUCUUUGCCUCAGUGUCCCUUGAGAAUAUCUGCUGGGGGUUUGUCCCGUGCACCAAAGGCAAGUCAAGGAGCCUUUGGUUGCCGCCAUCAUUGGAGUGUUGUGGCUGUUGCAGCCCCGCAGGCUCCCAGUGGCCUCUUGUUUCCGUCAGGCCCUGCUGGCUCCCGCUGGCCCUUGGUUCCAUGAGGAUCUGCAGGGUCCCACAGGUUGAUGGCAUUUGUCCUUGCUGCCCCUCACAUCCCCCUGCCCCACAAACAGCCCCGAGCCCCCCGUGAGGGACAGGCCCUGCUGUGCCAGGCCUGGGCUCAGGGCUUGGCCUUUCUGCUGCCUCCAGCCAGCCAGGGCUUGCUCAGCAUUGCAGUUCCUGCUCACAGCCUUUGGCUCCCUGCAGUCCUGGCCUCCAGGAUCUGCUCUCCCCACUCCCUGGGGAGCCUUUGCCACUCCCUGCCCUCACUGGGGCCACUGAUGCUCCAAGGGACUUGGACUUUGCCUUUGGACUCCUGGAGCAGCUUCUUCACCCUUCUCUCAGUGCCUGAGGCUCCUGGGCUCAGCCCCAAAUCCUGCGUGGGGCUGAUUCAAGUUAGAAUCAUGUCCACACUUUUAUUAACAUGAGUUAAUGACAAGCUCCUGGUUUCAUUACUUCCCAUUUUGACCCCAAAUUCCCUUUUUCUUAGAUCCAAAAUAAACCUUUUUGGCCCCAAAAUCACACUUUUGGGA